ACUCCAGCCUCCUUCGGCGGUGAUAGCCGAGUUUCGAGCUUUCAUCAUCGGGACGAUGGUGAUUUAACUGCGGUACAUAUAACCCACAGCUCUUUCUAACAGCCGUCGGUCGUCUGUUUUUACAUUUCAUCAGGGCGCAUAUUUCUGGGGAGAAGUCGACAUUACGGAUGAUUGUCCGAAUGGCAAAUACUGCAAGAGUAUAACUCGUCUGAAAAAAAAAAGAAAAUGAUGGUGCUGGAAGGAUCGCUAGCACAGGAAAAGACACAAAUGAUGCGAAUUAAAAGCAGCCCGUCUUGCAUGAUGUUGCAUUGUUCUGCAACCGGAGUCUAAUAUUACGGAACUGUAAGUGGUGACCCGAAUUCAAGAGAGAGCAAAGAGCUGGAAACCAUGAGAUCCUCGUCCAUCAGCACUUGAAGCGGGAGCCUUUGAGAGAGAGAAGAAGCCAUGGACGACCUGCAUAAGGACGGCCAGCCCAGCCUGCCGCUGGACGCGGCGGGCCCCCAGAAUGCACUGAGCAGCAGCGAUGGCGAUGGAAGCGGGAAGCUGGAGAACGGGAUGACCCAGCUGAUCACAGCCGAGGCCUGGAACAUCAACUCCAGCGGACUAAUGAAGAAGGCCCUGUCCCCCAUGGUGGCGGUCCCAGCCCCCGCCAUCGUCAGUCCCGCCACCGAGUCUCCGGGAGGGGUGGCCCUCAAGGUGGCUGCCACCGUCCUCCAGCCCAUCUGCCUGGGGGACAGCCCGGUGGUCCUGCCCAUUCACCUCCAGAUGGCCGGGAGUACCGCCCCCCAGGUGAACCAGGCAGGGGGCUCUCCCUACCUCAUGACCAGCCAAGGCCCUGUCUCCUUGCCCCUCGUCCUGGAGCAGCAGGUGUUCCAGCACCUCAACUCCCCCGUGCUCCCGCAGGGAGCCCCCUGUCCCACAAUAUCCCUGCAGAACAAUGUCCUGUGCCACAACUCCUCCAUGUCGUUCAGUCAGCCCUCGCCCCUGGACCAGAAGCCCACCGGGCAGGCCCAGGAGCCGGGAGUCCUGCCCCUUCUUCAAAACCCGGGCUUUGCCGCCAUCCUUCAGGACAUGUUCCCCUCCCAGAACAACCUCAACGCCUCCUCUUGUCACUCUGCUGCUCCUCCCCCGGCCGACCCUUUCACCUCAACAUUCUUCCCCCAGCCCCCAAUCCCUCACCCUUAUGGCUCCCUGCUGUCCCCCCUGGUGCCCCCCGCCACUCUUCUGGUCCCUUAUCCAGUCAUUGUCCCCCUUCCUGUGCCUCUGCCCGUCCCCAUUCCUGUCCCCAUCCCUAUCCCACCAAGCUCGGAGUCUAAAGGCUUCACCGACCCUCCCAGACAGGUUUGCACUUUGAGCAAAAGCACCCAGACGAAUGCCAAGGAGAUACCCCCCAGUCCUCCUAACCCCUAUGGCAGGGAUGAGACUCUGCACAUCCCACAGCUGGAUUCUCCACCCUCUAUCCCUGUCGCUGGUGGAGAAGUGCUGGAUCUCUCCAUGAAAGCCCAGCCAAUCCAGACGAAGCAGGAAAUCCCAAUUCAACAAGACAGCGUCCUGGACCUAUCUGUGCCCAGUGUGAGGAAGCCGUGCAUCCAAUCGUAUCUCAGCAGAGAUCCUGUGGGGGUCGAGCUGGAGCACGCCUGUCGUUCAGGGGAUGAGACGGCGGGCACCGCCUUGUCUUUGGAGGUCCUCCGUCCCAUAGAGCGCGCUCAGAAGCUGGACUCUAAACUCUUGAACGGCCUGGCAUCCUUGGAGUUCAGCCGGCAGCACAAGUGGGUGAUGGACAGCGGCGGCGGCCGGUCAGGCUGCGAGCCCAAGUGCGGCGGUGGCAACUUCGAGAUCGUCAGCGCCUCGCAGACAGCCAAGGUCAUCGUCUCCGUCAAAGACGCUGUUCCCGCCAUCUUCUGCGGAAAGAUCAAGGGCCUCUCCGGCGUCUCCACCAAGAACUUCUCCAUCAAGCAGGACGCCAACCAGCAGGCCAUGCUCCAGCAGUGCCUGGAGCGCAAAGCCCAGGCGGAGCAGCGCGACCCCAGCGACCCCCUCAAAAAAGCGCCCAAAAACAGAGCCAUAAAGCUAAAGAAGGUCAAUUCCCAGGAGAUUCACAUCCUGCCCAUCAAGAAGCAGCGACUGGCUGCGUUUUUCCCCAGAAAAUGACAGUGUGGGUGCACGGGAGAACGUGAAACUGUGUGGAAAACACAGAACAGAAACCACAUGCUAUGCCGCUCCCCCAAAACGAUAAAGGGUUAAGCAAUAUAACCUUGGUUGCCUUGGCAAGCACUUGAUCAAUUAAGUCACGAGGAAGCAGCUUUGAGUCACAGAGUAACCAAGAUUUAUUAGAGGAUCUUAAAUAUUGCACCCAGACAGCGUCUGCGAGGCGAUCCAUCGCGAGGCUUUGCGGAUUGUGGAAUGCUUCCUGGCCCUUUCAUGAAUAUGCAUUUGUUCAGUUAGAACCCGAACAUGAAGUACUGCUAUAGCUUUUUCCCUUAUUUAUCAUAAAAUUAAUAUUCAUGAGUGUAAUUUUGUGGAAAUUUACCCAGUUGCUCAACUGACACUUAUGGUACUUAUCUCUAGCCUUAAGAAAAAAAUAGUAGACAUUUCAAAUGGCAACUUCUUUCUACCCGGGGUACAGUGACUGCUCGGGGGGAGUAAUCACAAUGAGGCGGUGAAACCGAGGUCAGCCAGGGAUCACUUGCACAUGGUGAUCAGAGCUCACUAUUUUGUAUGGAUUACUCAGUUUAUUAGGGGUACCGAAUUUGACAUACUAAACCUGCUGUAUCACUCGAAAUUGGCUUCUCUAUGUGAUUCUGUUGACCAGAUCUUCUUGGUAUGAAGGUUGUAAGCCAGGUUCAUGAUGGUUUAGCACAGCUCAAGUUGUGCUGUCUUUAAUAAUAAUGAAUGAUUGAUACACUAGUCACACAGUCUUCAAAGCACAAUUUUAAUCCGUUUAUGAAGGGAGGACAUAUCUUUAAACACCCUGCCUCUCUCCCCCUUAAAAUUGCAACCAAAUCACCAUCAAGGGCUAUUUUAAAGAAAGGAUCAAUUCUGAGAAUGUCCAAGGGGCAGCUGAUUGGUUUUGUGUCAUUUUGGUAUGACUACCAUUGAUUCAGCCUCAACAGAAGGUCAGUCCAUAGUUCUCUUUUCAUUUACUGGCUAAAGAAAAUCCCAUGUGUGCAUCCCACAGCACUCUCAUCGCACAGAGCUUUUUGAAAAACUUGUGGCAUCUUGUGAUAGAGGCAACAGAGGAUACUCUUGGUGUGAAACGCACAGAGCAAAGUGCACAGAGCAAAAAGACGUCCGGUUCCCCUUCAGCUCUCAGAGGCACCGCCACGCACUGUGGACUUUUAUUUACAGCUUACAGUGUUCGGACUUGACUUUGCAUGUCGUCUUUCUCAAAGCCUGGAAACAAACCAAAAACUCGGGAAAAAAAGCGGAAAUGUUGAGAGGUCUGAUUACAGUGACACAUGAACUGAUCCGACCUGCCGAACGCUUUCAGCCUCAGCCUGCUGUACUGUUCCCAU